CAGGGAGACCUGGUGGGGCAGAUCCUUGGGCAUCAUGCUGACGGAACUGGAGACUGCUAUAAACUCCCUCAUUGACGUUUACCACAAAUACUCCUUGGAGAAGGGGAAUUACCAUGCCCUCUACAGGGAUGAUUUGAAGAAAUUGUUAGAGACAGAGUGUCCUCGGUACAUGAAGAAAAAGGAUGCAGACACCUGGUUCAAAGAGUUGGAUGUCAAUAGUGAUGAUGCAAUUAACUUUGAAGAGUUCCUCAUACUGGUGAUAAAGGUGGGUGUGGCAACCCAUGAAGAUAUCCACCGAGAGUAGCAGAGCCCUGGGCCCUGGGGCUGGGCCCUGGACCUGUCCUUGCAAAAUAAUAAAGUAGUUGAUACCUCAG